AUGGCCCUGUUAUCAAAGUCACUGUUGAUGGUUACCAUCAUCGUCAUUCUCAUGGCCGUGGUCGUCACACCAUCAAGGUUGACGGACGAUCUGCAUCAAGAGGACGUCGAUGGCGACGAUUCUCCCUCCGGCGACCUGCCGUCGGCCGGCCUUCGCCGUCUGCUCGCCCGUUACAAGUCACCGACGUGCGACAAGAAUCCAAGGGCGUGCUACAUCAGGGGUAGCGGCGGGCCAAAUUGUUGCAGUAAGAAGUGUGUCGAUGUGAAGACGGAUCGACUCAAUUGUGGGAACUGUGGGGGGAGGUGCAAGUUCACGGAGUCCUGCUGCAAGGGGAAGUGUGUUAAUCUCGCGUUUGACAAAGGCAACUGCGGCAAAUGUGGUAAGAAGUGCCGACGGGGAUCAUACUGCAUUUACGGCAUGUGUGGCUACGUUUGA